UAGUGCUUUAACCUGGUUAAAACGCCAACUUUAAAAAUCAACUUCAACAGGUUAACAUAUCAAUUUGAGCAGGUUAAAACACCAACUCUAAACAGGUUUUACGAUGCAUGUUUUUUUAGUCGUUGUCUUUUUAGUAAUAAAUAAUAAUGUGUCGGUCCAUUGUUUUUUCUAAAAACCGUAUCUAAGUAAGAAUUUGUGUUGAAAUUUUAGUAUUUGGCGCCUUUGUUUUGCCGUUAUAAACCUCUUAAGCUCUCCCUCUUCAUUUGCUGGCAAACCUUCAUCAAUGGCGGAACAUUCAACAAUCAAAACCCUAAAACCAUAUCCAAAUCAAAACCCCACAAAACCCUAUAAUUGUCUGACAUUUUCUUGCAGAAAAAUCUUCAUUUGUGGCCAGUUAGAGUGAGUUUUCCUGGGUGGAGAAAACCCCAUUAAAAUUGGGCGGAAUGGGUUGAGAAAUUAUCCAUCAAAUUCGCCAAAAUCUGGGAAUAUCAGGUAUUUGUGAUGGAAUCCUCUCUUCUUUACAUGAAAUUAAAUAUAACCCAGAUAUUAAUCUUGCUUUAGCUGAAUUUUGGACUCCAAAAACUAAUACUUUCAUUUUUCCAUUGGUUGAAACCACCAUUUCUUUGCAAGAAAUAAAAUUUUUAUUUGGAAUGCCUGUUUCAGGAGAAAGUAUGGAUUUAUCUCUCACUGAUAAUUCUUCUAAGAAUUUAGUACACAUAUUGCAACAAGUAGAAAAUGCUCUGUCAUAAUUGAUUGUGAAAAUGAUUCUUGGAUUAAGUUCAUUAUCAUGUUUUUUUUGGGUUGCUGUUCAUCUUGGUCAAGGGAAAAAAAAUUGCUCUAGCUCCUGCUGUUCUUGUUUGUUUGUACAAUAAUCUUACAUUUCUUACUCAAAAUGCUGCUGAUUUUGUUUAUAAGAGUGAAAUUUCUGUUUCUGGGUCAUUUUAGACUGUGUUCCUUUGGGCUUUAAAGUGGUUUCCUUUGUUAGGAUCAAAGGUGUUCAUUCGGAUAAUUGUGUUGAUUCCGGAUUUUGCAUCCAUAUUGUAUUUUACAUAAUUGUAAAUCACUUUUAGAGUAAGGUCAAAUUGGGUUCAGUAACAUAGUCGGAUAAAUUUCUAAUCAUUGGGUCUAUUUUAAACACCUAUAGUUAGGAACAUAGGGUACAAGCUAGCUAAACCUUCGAGUUUUGGACAAAAGUGAGCGUUCGAACUAUUUUGUUUUAGUAUCUUGGAUUCGACUCUAAAUAAUGUCAUAUCAUAUCAUUUUUCAGCGCAUGAUCAGCCUUAAUCCCAAAAGAUUAGAAUCGUCUAAAAAGAAAGUGUUGAUCACAACAAAAUUUAUUAAUUUUAAUAAUUUUAAACAAACAUAAUAAUUCAUCCUGAUUCUAUGGACAACAAAAUCUUCAUUUAUCUUUGACAUAAAUAAUUCAAUUAUUUUACCAAAAUUUAAAAUUUCCUACGUGUUCCCAAGUAAUAGACUGUUUCUAUAUUUAAACAAAAAAAUUCCCUCUCAUUCUGUUUCCUGCCUGUUCUUCGUCAUCCUAACUUCCUAACCACCUUCUAAUUCUCAACCAUUUGUGCCAUUUUUUGCUGUCAAUUCUCUUGCAAAAAAUAGCAAAUCAUCAAAUACACACCCUUUUUCAUAAUAAUCAUAUAAUUUUUUUGGGGUAAAUCAUUUAAGGGAAAAUUCAAACAACCCAAAAAAUUAUCAAAAAAGUAUGUAUGAUUCAGGAAUGGAUAGAUCACAAUACGCAAACAUAGCUCAUUCAGACCCGAACCUACCUAGAAUGGAUGAUGAAUGUGAUUACCCGGAUCGACAGAGUAGUUUCUCGGCUUUUGGAGGGCAUUCCUUCAUUGAUGAUGCACCUAGAAUAAGCACAGAAAUGUCACCAAUGAUGAUGUCUCCAUGGAACCAAGUUUCACCCUUUAAGCCUUCUUGGUCUCAUCAAUCUCAACAAUCUCGGGAUUCAGGUCAGAUCAAUGCGCUUGUUGGAUCGUUGGUUCGAGAAGAAGGGCAUAUAUAUUCAUUAGCUACCAAGGGUGAUUUGUUAUACACAGGGUCCGACAGUAAAAACAUCCGGGUUUGGAAAAACUUGAAGGAGUAUUCCGGGUUCAAGUCUGCAUCCGGGUUGGUUAAGGCUAUUGUGAUCGCGAAUGGGAAGAUAUUUACGGGUCAUCAAGAUGGUAAGAUUCGGGUUUGGAAAGUGUCACCUAAGAAUCCAAGUAUUCAUAAAAGAUCAGGUUCUUUACCUACAUUGAAGGAUUUGUUUAAGGCCUCAAUUAAACCGAGUAACUAUGUCGAGGUCAAAAAGCAUCGAAGCUCGUUAUGGAUUAAGCAUUCAGAUGCUAUAUCAAGUUUGAGUAUGUAUAAGGAACAAGGGAUUUUGUACUCGUCUUCAUGGGACCACACUUUUAAGGUGUGGAGAGUUACAGACUCGAAAUGCCUCGAGUCUGUAGUUGCCCAUGAAGACGCGGUGAACUCAGUUGUGUCGAGUAAUGAAGGGAUGGUGUUCACCGGAUCAGCUGAUGGCACGGUUAAGGUAUGGAGACGAGAAAUGCAGGGGAAAGGCACAAAGCAUUUCUUUGUACAGACAUUACUGAAUCAAGAAUGUGCAGUUACUGCUCUUGCAGUUGAUCCUACAGGCUCAAUAGUUUACUGUGGGUCUAGUGAUGGAAUGGUUAGUUUUUGGGAAACCGAGAAGAAUCUAGCCCAUGGGGGUGUUCUUAAGGGUCAUAAGCUAGCUGUUCUGUGCUUAACUGCUCGUGCACGACUCGUGUUUAGUGGCUCUGCUGAUAAGACUAUCUGUGUAUGGCGUCGAGAAGGCACGAUUCACACGUGCCUCUCGGUUUUGACGGGCCAUAACGGGCCUGUUAAGUGCUUGGCUGUGGAAGAUGAUAAGGAUGCUAAAGGUCUUAAGUUUAUUGUUUAUAGUGGAAGUCUUGAUAAGUCUGUCAAAGUAUGGAAUGUUGCUGAUCAAGAAGGAAUUACAGGAUUGGGAAUGGGAACAAUGCAGCAACAGCAGCAGGUUUUGGAGGUUGAAUCCGCAUCUGAAUCUUUGCGAUCUGAUCGUAGCUCUCGGUGAAUGCAUUCACUUUUGCACUAGCCUUCUGGUUCGCUUAUGCUUUUUGACUUUUUGCCUGGUCAAAUAGCAGUUAACAACUAAUUUUUACUAAACAUUUUAAUAUCUAAUUUAUCAACAUAUAUACAUCCUGCAACUCAAACCAACCAACAACUACAUUCAACUUUAGCCAAUUACAAUUAUUUGCAAAACAAGCCUUUAAUAUAAUGAGUGCAAGGUAAAUGUGAUUGGAGAGCUUGUUAGCUAAGAGUGUACUUGAUGAAUUGUAAUUGUAUGUAUGAGGGUAAACAAAAGGAAUUGUGAUUAUGGAGGAUUGGUGAUUUUCAUAUUUAAUUUUAUAAUUUUUUUUGUUGAUUGUUGCAUGAUGAUUAUUUUUUAUUUGUAUGGCUAUGAAA